AUGAACAGAGCACCUUUGUCGCAGGUUUACUCCUCGACCGACCCGCGCCCUCCCUCCGUCAUUCUCCGCAGUUCCCAGUCCGACACAUCUGGAGCCCGAUUCUCCCUCCAGCCCCGCGCGCGCAUUGCCCCUUCGGAGGGGCCCGGCUGCGGAGCUUCCCAGAGGUCACAUCAUGUGCACCGGCGUGGGCUUCUAGAACUGGCAGGGACCUUGAGCUGUGUUGGCACCCGCACUCCCCUGGCCUACGUAAGGUAUGGCUGCUAUUGUGGCCUGGGUGGCCAUGGCCAGCCCCGUGACGCCAUCGACUGGUGCUGUCAGCGGCACGACUGCUGCUACACCCAUGCUGAGAAGGCUGGCUGCUCACCCAAGGUAGAGCGCUACUCCUGGCAGUGUAACAAUCAGAACAUCGUGUGCGGACCAACGAAGAACAAAUGCCAGGAGCUCUUGUGCAAGUGUGACAAGGAGAUUGCUUACUGCUUAGCCCAGACUAAAUACAACUUAAAGUACUUAUUCUACCCCCGUUUCUUAUGCGGAAGGAGCUCACCCAAGUGUGACUGA